AUGAGUUCUAAAAGAAUUAUAUACUUUUUAAUUGAAUCAUCUUACCCAGAUGAUAGUGAUGAUGAUUUAUCGAGUACUCCGAGUUUAAAUCAAUCAAUUAGUUCAUUAUCAAGUGAUAUAUUUAUCGAAAAUAUGUAUGAUAAUGAAACAGAUGAGUUAUUUGAGCCAUUGAUAAAAUAUUUGAUGACAGGUUGCCGAAAGCAAAGAGUAGAAAAUUAUCUCAAUGUUGUAAAAACUUGGACGGAUGCUGAAUUUCGAGAAAAUUUUCGAUUAUCGCGAACUACUGCAUAUCGUCUAAUAAAUGAACUGGAAACAUCGACUUUUAUUCCCAAGAAUACCUUUGGGAUGAAACCCAUCAGCGCUGAAAUAAGCUUUUUAAUAUUUUUGUGGUUCAUUGCAAAUACUGAACCAUUGCGGACUAUAUCAAAUUUAUUUGAUAUUUCAAUUUCAUCAACAUUCCGAGUCAUUCGCCGUGUCAUAACUUGGAUUCUAACGAAACUGGAUGAUGUUAUCAAGUGGCCUCAGACUAAUCAUGCAAUAAUCAAUACAUGUGAAGGUUUUUUCUCAAAAAAAAAUAUAUCCAAUAUUUUAGGAGCAAUCGAUUGUACUCAUAUAAAAAUUGUAAAGCCUUCUCAAGAUGCUGUAGAUUAUUGUAAUCGGAAAAAAUAUUUCUCUAUAAAUCUUCAAGCAGUAGUUAAUUCUAAUAUGAAGUUUACUAAUAUUUAUUGUGGUGAGCCAGGAUCUUUACAUGAUGCUCGAGUUUUUCGAAGAUCACCGUUAUAUGAUGAGUCUCACAAUAAUAAAGAAAAUGUAUUUCCAAAUAAUACUUUUCUAAUUGGAGAUUCUGCAUAUCCAUCGCUAUCAUGGCUUGUUCCACCAUUUCGAGAUAAUGGUCACUUGACUCCUCAACAAAGAGAAUUCAAUUAUUUGCAUUCAUCUACACGAAUGGCAGUUGAAAAAGCUUUUGGACAAUUGAAAAGUCGUUUUCGACGGAUUAAAUUCUUUACUGAGUACAGAGAUUUAUCAUUUGUAUCCGAGGUCGUUACAGCAGCAUGUAUUUUGCACAAUUAUUGUAUCGAUGAACAUGACAAUUUUGAUAACUUAGAAGACGAUAAUAUACAUGUCGGGAUAAAUUUAGAGGAACACGGUUAUGAGGAACAAUAUCAAAAUAAUAAUAAUAAUGAUAAUGAUCGUAGAAUGGUAUUAUUCAGAGAAUUGUUUCCAGAUGCACAAGUUGCAUAA